AUUUGGAAAUCCUGGAGGAGGUGAUGAAGGAGGACGGCUUCCAGCCCGAGCUCGCUCCCGCGGCUCCCCGAGCCCUUCCCAAGCUGGUCCCGCGCGGCUCCGAGCCCCGCGAGCCCCGGGAGCCCCGGGAGCCCCGGGAGCCCCGGGAGCACCGGGAGCACCGGGAGCCGCCGCUGGCCCGGAGCCUGCGCGGGCUCUCCCUGGGCCCGUGCCCGGCGCAGGAAAAGCUGGAAAAGCUGGAAAAGCCGGGAAAGCCGCGCCUGGUGAUCACGGAGCAGCCGAAGCAGCGCGGGAUGCGCUUCCGCUACGAGUGCGAGGGGAGAUCGGCCGGGAGCAUCCUCGGCGAGAGCAGCACCGAGGCCAACCGGACCCUGCCCAGCAUCGAGCUGCUGAACUGCCAGGCCAUCCCGGAGGUGGCGGUCACGGCGUGCCUGGUGUGGAAGGAUUGGCCGCACCGCGUGCACCCGCACGGCCUCGUGGGCAAGGACUGCGCCCAGGGGCUCUGCCGGGUGCUGCUGCGGCCCCAGAGCAACCCCCGGCACAGCUUCAGCAACCUGGGCAUUCAGUGUGUGAAGAAGAAGGAAAUCGAGGGCGCCAUCGAGAAGAAGCUGCAGCUCGGGAUCGACCCCUUCAAAGCGGGCUCCCUGCGGAACCACCAGGAGGUCGAUCUCAACGUGGUCCGGAUUUGCUUCCAGGCCUCGUUCCGGGACCGCGCCGGGAUCCCCCGGAGCCUCAGCCCGGUGCUGUCCCAGCCCAUCUUCGACAAGAAGUCGACGACGACGUCGGAGCUGCGCAUCUGCCGCAUGAACAAAGAGAGCGGCCCCUGCACGGGCGGCGAGGAGCUCUACCUGCUCUGCGACAAGGUCCAGAAAGAGGACAUCGCGGUGAUUUUCCGCAAGGAGCCCUGGGAGGCGCGGGCGGAUUUCUCGCAGGCCGACGUUCACCGCCAGGUCGCCAUCGUGCUGCGCACGCCGCCCUACGCACACCUGGAGCUGCGCGAGCCCGUGCAGGUGGAGGUGUUCCUGCAGCGCCUCACCGACAGCGUCCGCAGCGAGGGCUUCCGCUUCACCUACCUGCCCCGGGACACCGACGCGUACCGGGUGCAGGUGAAGCGCAAGCGGGGAAUGCCCGACCUGCUGGAGGAGCUCUCGGGGACAGACCCGUUUGGGAUCGAGGCCAAGCGGAGGAAGAAGCCCCCGGGGUACCUGGAGCACUUCAUCCCCCUGGGCCCCACAGACGCGCCGUUCCCCGCCGAGCCGGAGCCGCUGGAUUCCCUUCCCCCGCUCUUCGCCCCCUUCGCCCCCGCGGCCCUCGGGCCCUUCGCGCCCCGGGCGGAAUUCCCGGAGUUCCCGGAAUUCCCGGAAUUCCCGCUUUUCCCGGGCCCCGAGCUGCUGGCCGAGCCCCCCGCCGGGGACCCCCCCCCCAUUUCCAGCCUGGUGGGCUCCCACAUGUUCCCGGGGGGGGAGGGCUGAGCAUUCCCAAAAAAAUAACCCCCCAAAAAUUCCCCAAAAUCCUCCCAAAAUCCCCCUCGAAAUUCCCCAAAAUCCUCUCGAAAUUCCCCAAAAUCCUCUCA